UACGACUUCGUGAGUAGCCGUCACAGUUGGGAUGCCACAGUUGUACUUCCCUCUACGUACCCCAUUAAAACAACUCACUCGAUGAAAGAUAACUUCAAGAUGGACAGAACACCUUCAAGGAUAAAAGGAAAAGACAGCACUUUUUCGGGACAAACAACUACAGGGACCCGUGGGAGCGGUCGAAGAUAUGACGUCAUGUCGGAGGGGCCUGAGGAAAAUACCAUGACAGAACAACGAGACCGUAUGGCGGAGGGUAGACAUCACGCGCCUGGCAGGUCGCGGGAGAUCAGGUUGAUCAGGGAGACGAGGGGCGGGCUGGCCUUCGAUGUCCCCCCGCCCGGGGCCGGCCUCACUCGGCAUGCGGACAGGAUGUUGUCUAUCCGGGACGCCAUCGAGACCAGACGGCAGAAAUUCGCCAAGAAAAGAGCUGAGACGAGGGAAGAGUUUGACGUCAUGUUGGAGACAGCGGAAAAAAGACGAAAGACCUGUACAGGAAAACGUUUCACAAUGAGAAAGCGCCCCAGUCCGGUGUGCCGCCAGGAGAUGUCGUCCAUCGAGACCGAGGCAUUUGAGCGACACCGCAGACUUCACCCCCAGGUGGACUUCCAGCUCUUCUCGUUCUCCCCGAGCCCCGAGCCCAUCCACGCCAUCAUCCGGAGUUGGGGGGUCGGCCAUGACACCAACCACCGCACACUGUCUCCCAGCACUACCAAUGUUACUCACGUCACCAGUCGCCCCACAGAAGCGCUUUCUACCGACCAAAAUGUGCGCUACAGGCUUGCGGACACUGUAGCCUCGGAGCAAUCAAUCUCUAUUGUAAAACCUGAGUUCAACACAGGAUACAGUCAUCCUAACGACAUUUGCAGGAGACGGAACGGGAGAAACCAGGCAGACGGUCCUACGCCACCAGGUUCUCACCGUGAUACUUGCUACUCCGGGAGAUCUGCCUUUCGCGACUGGAGACAAGGGAACGGCGGCCCGUCCUCCCCACAGAGCUCGGUGGGAGAAGUGGACUAUGAGUCCGACUUUGGGGACAAUGACGACAACUUUGACGAUGCUUCAAAUAAAUAUAACCGUUAGCUUCUUUGUGACUGCAAUAAAAAUCUGAAAAUAAGGUGACACA